AAACCCUUUACGUGUCUUUUUUUUUUCUUUAAGGGCUUUAUUGGAGGAUAUGGCAUAUGGAUCUUGUUCAGUCUGCAGUCCUGUAUAGCGUAAUGACCCUCAUCAGUACCUAUUUAGUAGCUUUUGCAUACAAGAAUGUCAAGUUUGUUCUCAAACACAAAGUAGCACAGAAAAGAGAAGAUGCUGUUUCCAAAGAAGUUACUCGCAAGCUGUCUGAGGCAGACAACAGGAAGAUGUCUCGCAAGGAGAAGGAUGAAAGAAUUCUGUGGAAGAAAAAUGAAGUUGCAGAUUACGAAGCAACGACUUUUUCCAUCUUCUACAACAAUACUCUCUUUCUGGUCUUGGUCAUCAUUGCUUCAUUUUUUGUGCUGAAGAACUUCAACCCCACUGUAAACUAUAUUCUUUCUAUCAGUGCUUCAUCUGGACUGAUUGCUCUCUUAUCUACAGGAUCCAAGUAGCCAGGUUUAUUUCUGUGAGCAUACAAAAGUUUAACAGUGGAAGAGAAAUACUGGGGUUUUUUAAUAGUGCGACUGCUUGAGAGUAUGGGGGGGGAGGGUUUGAGUCCAGAAAUGGUUGAAUUGUAUUUACUUUUGGUAUCUUUACAUGG